AUGUCCCCGCCAACUCCACUCGAGGUGGCCCGGUCGAACUUUGACCCCGUUGUCCAGCUCGAGAAGCUUCAAGCCAAUGUGAACGACAUUGUCGCUAACGCUUACGCGUGCCGCCGUGCCGCUGCCAAGGCUGACGUUCAACUCGGUGGCGGACUGGUUAGCGCUGGUUACGCCGACGGGAUGUCGUGGGAGGACGAAGCGCAGAGAUGGCACGCCGUCGCCGACAAGGCACAAGAGGACGUGGCCACUCUCAAAUCCCGGAUCGUGAAGCUCGAGAGCGACCGCAAGGCAGAUCUCGAGGCCUUCAACAGCCUCGUACGCAACAACGACGUUCUCAAGGCGGAGCUUGCCAAGCUCUCCCACUCUGCCGACACCAUCAAGGAUAUCAAGACCCAGCUUGCCGACGCCAUGCGCACUAUCGACAACCUGAAGGCCGAGCUCUCCCUCGCACCGCCGCAGGAGGACGCGAUCCGCAUAUCGCCAGCGUUACGAAAGCGUAUGACCAAGCAGGCCUGCAGCGUUUCCCCGACAACGUCAUCAAGACCGCCAUCCCAGAUGGGCGUGAGUCGUGUUUCGGCUCCGACGCCAAAUCAAGAGGAGGUCUUAGUUCAGCUACCGACAAAGCCACUGUCAGUGGCGACGGUCGCGGGAGCCGUGACGAACUUCAGUAAGACUGCCAAGCCUACGGAUGGGGUGGGUACGACCAAGGCAAUCUAUCCCCCCGCGCAGGUCGCCGUCGCCAAGUCAAGCAAUGGCACCCAAGUGCCGAUCCCUUCGGACGGCGUCGUCGCCAGCCCUGAUAGAUCCAACACGACCAACUCGCCCUCGCCCGGUACGGACAGAUCAGGCUCCACCCUAAACAGCGUUCCCAGCUACUCAUCGAAUGUUAACCAAACCGCUGCGUCUGUGAGCGUGAACGAGUCCAAAGCGCCAACCGUUUCCCUGGACCCUCUUCAGCGCGAUGUUCGCCCGGCGUACGCUGCGGCACUGUCUGUCAAGUCCCCUAACGCUGUAGACCCUCAGUUCCGGCGCAGAUUAGGUUUCCCCUCCAGCCUUACACCAACCAAGCCUCCUGCUGUUGCCGAAAUGCACAAGGCCGAGGUUAAGCCCCGCACGAAGCAGAGAAGCCCGACCACGGACUGCUCAAGUAGUGGGACCCUCUACCGGAAGGCAGAGCCAGCCUCGUCUGUGGCGGCUACGGCUCAUGCGAAAGCCAACGGGAAGACCCUCGGAAACGAGGCCAAACCUGAUAAGGGAAAGAAGAAGACGAUGCGUGCUGUUGAGGCUGACGAGAACAGGCGGUGA